AUAAUGUUAUAUCUAUGCAUGACAUUCUAUGAGAAAUGGGUCGGGAGGUUGUUCGCCAAGAAUAUAGUGAAGACCCUAGAAAAUGCAGUCAUUUAUGGGAUCCUGAUAUUAUCUAUGAUGUAUUGAAAAAUGACAAGGGUACUGAUGCUAUUAGAAGCAUACGUGUAGACUUGUCAUCAUUUAGGAAGCUGAAGUUAAGCCCUCAUGUAUUUGCUAAGAUGACCAACUUGCGAUAUUUGGAUUUUCAUGGUAAAUACGAUUUGGAACUUCUUCCUCAAGGGCUUCAAUCUUUUCCAAAUGAUCUAAGAUAUCUUCAUUGGAUGCAUUACCCUCUAAAAUCAUUCCCAGAGAAGUUUUCUGCAAAGAAUCUUGUUAUGUGUCUUUCAGAUUAA